CUUAAUUCCAAGAGAUGUCCAAAUGGUGCUUCAGAUACUUGAAGUGUUGUCCAAGACUUUGAUGACUAUCGAAUCUUUCGAGGUAAAUUUAUUUUUAUAUCAUAAGGUAUGUCGAGUUAGAGAGUCGAACUGAGAUUUUCUUACAAAAUUAAAAUACGUAGAUACAAAUUAUGAGACCAAUAUACUAUAACUAUAACAUAUUAUAACGAAAUGAAUUUUUGAUGACUGUUCCCCAUAAUUGUUUUUGAUUAAAGUAUACCUAAAUUAAAGAAUGGAAGUUAGAAGAUUUUAAACUAUAGCUCUGCCAGAAAGAAAUAUUAAGAAAUUUGAUGAAAAUACGAAGGAAGCUUACUGGAAAGUUUGCGUUAAGGGAAUACAAUUUCCUAUUUGACCAGUAACCAUCAGAGCUCUACAGAAGAGUCAACACCAUUUAAGUCAGGGAUGAAUCCUUAGACACCACCUUUGUAAAAAAUGAUUAAAAUUAGAAUCCGCUGUUUGAUGAAGUUCAAGUCAAUAAGAGAAGGAUGGAUGACUUACGAAAGCUGUUCAUUUCUGCUGAUAGGACUGUACUAAAUAGUUAAAAUGCACAAGGCAGACAGAAGCCAGGGCACACAGAAGCAAGUUCACACAGAAGCCAAUAUCCUUGAUGAAGAAUUUCGAAAUGCAAUAAGACAAAAUACGAAAAAGGAGAAUGAAUAUGUAGAUGAAUAAAAUGCAGUAGCAAUCUUGCUUGUGGACUAUGUAUCAUCUAAUGGCUCAAAAUCAUAUUUCAAAAGUGUUGAAAGGAGGAAGUGGCACUGUAAACUAUAAUAUUAUAGGGACAUCUCUAUCAUCAAAAACUCUCUUAAAAUAUUUGCGGAAAUCUCUGACAAGUGACAAGAGCAAUAGUUCAACCACUUAUGAGCAAUGCCCAUUUUUGGUCAUAUACAGCAAAAAGGUUAAACUGUAUCAAUCUUCACACUCCAACAAUGGUUAAUGAAUGACUGCAUCGCCUGGUUAAUUUCGACCAGGAAAAAAACUAUGGCCAGCGUGACAGACAUAAGUUCUGUGAAAGGCUGGAGUAAUGCAGAGCAAAGUGACAUUUCUUAUAUGCUCAAUACUAUCAGGGGACUCUAUAUGAGCAUGGGGCUCUAUAUUAUAAAUUGGGCUCUAUACUAUCAGAAACUCUAUACCAACAGCGGGCCCUAUAUUACCUUAAGGCUCCAUAAUAUCAGGAGGCUUUAUACUAUCAGGGGGUUUAAUGCUAUUAAGGGGAUAUAUACUAUCAGGGAGCUCUAUGCUAUUAGGGGGAUCUAUGCCAUUAUGGGUUAUAUAUUAUUAGGGACUAUAUUCUAACAUGGGGCUCUAUACUAUCUAGAGACUCAAUACUAUCAGGGGGUUCUAUAUUAUCAAGGGGUUCCAUACUAUCAGGGGGCUGUAUACUAUCAGGUAGCUCUAUACCAACAGAAGGCUCUAUAAUAUCAGUGGGUUCUAUAUUAUCAAUGAGUUAGUUAAGAUACUAUUCUUUUAUUGAUCCAAAUAAAUGGACAUGUUUUUUGCAUUGCAUUAUACAUCUUGAGCAUAUAAAUAAAACAAUGUGAACACAAGACAUGUAUAAUAAUUUAUCUCAAACAGCCAUUCAGUGAGCCCUCUUAGCCAAAUCAGGGACUCAUUAGUUCUCAGAGGGAACACGCCGGUAAAUUCGUAUAGAUUUGGGAACAAAUGCUUUUUUAUAUCUUUCAGUCCUCGCCUUGAUGGAACAAUUUUUUUUCCGAUUGGCCUGGUCCUAAUUAUCUGUGAUGAAAAGGGUGUGAUGUAUCAUCGUAAAUGUGCUUAGUUUUACAAAGACUUCUUUUUGUCAAAUAGUUCUUUUAGUGAAGGAUGUUUAGUUUGUGUGAUGUUCCUACCUUUCUUGAUUAGUAUGUUUAUGCGGUGUUUAAUAUCAACAAUGAAUUUUAACACCAGUAGGUAAUACUGAAAUGAAGUAGGCUUCUAUUGUUUCACUGUAGAAUAAGUGAAGGACUUUUCUGUUUACCCCGAAAAUGUACAGUUUAUUUUUUUACAAAGAACAGUCUUUGGUUGAAUUUCUUAUACAUCAUUUGGCCGUGUCAUGCCAUGUUAGCUUAUUAUUAAUUGUGACACCUAUGUACUUUUAUGCCUCCACUUUCUCUACACUUUGAUUUUUUUAUGUUGAGAUCUGUAAUCUGGUGUCCCCCCCCCCCUGAAAUCAACAACCAUUUCCUUUGUUUUUGAGAUAUUCAAUUGUCAUCGCACCAAUUGAUAAAUUGCGGUAUAGGCCUUCUCCUUCAGAUAUUAAGCCAACAAUGGUGGUAUCGUCAGAAAAUUUUAAUAUUGGAAAGGUGUCUCGUUAGCUUUGAAUAUCAAUGGUAUAUAUGGUAUAAAGUACAGAACAGAGAACGCAGCCUUGUGUUGCACCGGUGCUUAUUUCUCAGGUUAGAGAUAAUUGGUUAUUUACUUUGAAAUGUUGUGGUCGUUUUUUUAGUAAGUUCAGUAUCCAAGCCUGAAUAUUUAAAUUGUCACCUAACAAGGAAAGUUUCUUAAUCAUAAGGUUUGGUUGAAUAGUGUUAAAUGCUGAUGAAAAGUUUAAGAAAAGCACUCUAGCAUAUAUUUUAGGGCUGUCUAGGUGAUGAUAAAGUCUUUCAAACAAUGGUAAGAUUGCACCUACUGUGCCUCUAGCAGGUUUAUAAGCAAAUUUGUGGGGGACAAAUUUUAGCUGUCCUUUAUUUAAAAUUUCUUUCAGAAUUAUUUUCUCAAAACAUUUCAUUAUUAUAGAGGUAAGUGCAACAGGUCGUAAGUCGUUGUUGCACGUUACUUUAUUUUUCUUUGGAACUGGUAUGAUUUCUGGAGUUUUCCAAAUGACUGGUAUUGUGUGAGUUACAUAAGAUUUAUGAAAUAUGUGACAAACAAUGUAAGAGACCAUCUCUGAUCAUAGUUUAAUGAGCCGACCACUUAAUUUGUCUGAUCCCGAGGCAUUGGCUGCUUCCACUUGUUUAAAUAAUGACACCACUCCUUGUUCGGUGAACAAUAAUGUACCAUCCUGUGAACUACUGCCAUCUUGAAAUAAAUUCAUUAUCUCAUAGUGUACAUUGCAAAGUCCAGGCUGUCAAAACGACCAUAAAAGUCAUUUUAGUCGUAAGCACAAUUCCUCAAGUCCUCAACAUAUAAGCAUUGUCGCUUAGGAGUAUAUCCUGUUUUUUUGCAUUAGUCCUGCCCAAAAAGCUUUUGAGUUGUUAAUAUGGAUCAAUUUUUCGAAAUUUUUGUUUCUAUUGGUUCUUCCCAUGAUAAAUAUUUUUAUUCAAUAUUUUUUUUAGCUUUAAUCAAAUCCUGAUCGUUCAUCAAAAACCUGUAUGGUGUAAGGCCUCCUUUUUUUCUUUGCACAUCCAGGGUUUAUUGUUGUUGAAUACUCGGAUUGUUUUUUGGGAAUGAUUUCUUCUACACAGAACUUAAUGUAGGAAUUGACGGUGUUGGUUAUCUCGUCAAUGUCCGGGCAAAUAUUUAUAAACGUGUCCAAAUCUGUACAUUACAAACAACCUUGACGUUUUUUUGUCGCCUAAUCUGACCACAGUUCAGUAGGUUUGUCUGAAUUUUUGUUGUUUCUAACACUGGCUUAUAGCAUGGCAUUAGGCGGACAAUAGUGUGGACGGAUUAUCCUAAAGGAAAUAAAGGAAGACAUGUGUAGGUCUUUUUUAUAAUACCAUAACACACAUCCAGAGUUCGGUGUUGUCGCGAGGGGCAAGUAACGUAUUAGGUGUAUGUCCUAUAAGGUCAAGAGACUAUACUAUCAGGGUACUCUAUAUUAUCAAGGGGUUUUAUACUAUUAAGGGGUCCUAUAUUUUCAGGGGUUCUAUACUAUCAGGAUAAUCCAUACGAUCAGAAUGCUCUCUACUAUCAUGGGGCUCGAUAGUAUCAUGGGGCUAUAUACUAUCAGGGUGUUAUAAACAAUCAGGGGGCCCUUUACUAUCAGGGGGCCCAAUACUAUCAGGGGGCUCUAAACUAUCAGGGGGCUCUAUACUAUCACUUGUAUCAUGGGGCUCUAUACUAUCUUCGGGCUCUAUACUAUCAGGGGCUAUAUACAAUCAGGGUAAUAUAGACUAUCAGGGGGCUCUACACUAUCAGGGGCCUCUAUUCUAUCAGGGGCUCUAUAUUAUCAUGAUGCUCUAAAUUAUCAGGAGGCUCUAUACUAUCAGGGGCUGUAUAUUAUCAUUGGGCUCUAUAUUAUUAUGAUGCUCUAUACUAUUAGGAGACACUAUUAUAUCAGGAGGCUCUAUACUAUCAGGAGGCUCUAUCAUAUCAGGAGGCUCUAUACUAUCAGGAGUCUCUAUGUUAUCAAAAGGCUCUAUACUAUCAGAAGGCUCCAUUAUAUCAGGAGGCCCUAUACUAUCAGGAGGCCCUAUACUAUCAGGGGGCUCUGUACUAUCAGUUACUAGCCGAAUGCAGGUCAGCUACUUUUGUCGGAUGACAUCUGGAAGAGCCGUCACUUUAGUCUCUGGACAUCUGGUAUACAGGCUACAUUAGCUGUUGGACAUCUGAAAUUGAGGCUUCUGUAGCUGCUGAGCAUCUGGAAUACAUACUAAUUUAUUGCUUGCCAUAUGACAAAGCGUCUGCUUCAGACGCAGGACAUCUGGGAGAAAGGCAACAGUAGCUGCUGACAGACAUACCAAUUUAGUCAUUGGACAUCUUGCAGACAGGCUACAUUGGCUUUUGGACAUCUGAAAGAAAGGCUGCUGCAGAUGCUGGACCCCUAACAUCCAUAAAACUCUGACAUGACAUUAGGCUAGAUAUGUGUAAAAGAAUGUUAAAAUCCUUUAUAUUAACUUCGCUUUUGUUUGUGGAUGACAAAAUCUUCGAACCGCUAAUUGACUCAAAUAAAUUCUACCUUUCGAGGUGAAAUUUUCCACAUAGACUCGUUUCCGAAGAAAAGACAUUCUGUCAAAUAGUCUAACCCACUCCUAACCCCUUGUUUUUCAAGGGAAAGAAAAAGACAACACAAUGUCUUUGAAAUUACGAAAUUAGAUUGUUUUUUUGUUUUUUUAAAUAUCGCAAGUGCUUUUGGUGCGUAAUAUGUUAUAGUAUUAUGAAAAUGUUAGUAAAAUAACUUUGCAGUGUUAAAGUGGGUAUUUUAUCAGAAGAUUAAUGUUGUUCAGGAGCGUUGAAGGAAAACUGUGUGUUUGCUAGCCUUGGGGAAAGGGGACUAACUGUGAUUCUUAUUAAAUGCCUUUCUUAUGUGAAUUCUUUGUCAAAUUUCCAGCACCACCUCCACUGCUCGAUAUAACAAAAAAUGUUUUGAGAUGAUGCUUGUUUAAACAAAUCUAGUGUUUACAAUUUGACAGCAAAUAAUUUAUCUUUUGGAAAAAAAAGUAUUUGCCCUAAAGCGCAUAUAUAUAAAUAUAAAUAUAUAUAUAUAUAUANAAUCUAUUUAACUUUGAAAAAAAAGUAUUUUAUUUAUGUAUUUCGCGUAGUAAUUUCCUUCAUGAAAUAGCUGAAGUAUUCCCAUAUAAAAUGAAUUUUAUUUAGGAUCUGAUUGAUUCCAUUGAUGUCUUAAUGAGGAGCGAUCUCAGUGAAAAAGAUGCGCAGCAUAUCAUCCUUUUAGGCGACAUUAUUCUCAAGAAUUCAUUGAGCAUCAUAGGGUUACAGAGGAAUUAUAGAUUAACUACUCGGACUAUAAGUAAGACUUUGUAAUAUAUAUAUACACUAAAGUUUUGUUUUUCUUUCUAUAAAUUAAUAUUUUCACAAAUAAAAUAAAUCAAAAUUUCAGAAAGUUCAAAACUUAGAAAAAAUUUGGUGCUUUUGUGACUUAUACAGGCGACUGAAUCUGCUCGCAUUGGCGAAAAAAAUAUCAAAAUUGAACUCGCAAUAAGUGUAGAGACUGCAAUCAGGUUACCACAAUAAAAAAUUAGAAAAACAAAGUAAGGUUAAACCUGAAAAAGGAACGCAACAUAAAAAAAAAAGACGAACGUGUCUGCUGAAAGCAUUCGUCAGCAACAGAAAAGACAUAAUAACAUUAAAAUUUUAAAAAAAACAGGACUUAGCUUAGAAGUAGCAAAUGAAUUGUGGCAGCAAGUAAGUGGGUGAGAGAUUAUUGCAUGAUUAUAAUCAAAAUCAGAGUUAGUAUUGCUGCCUUUCUCUACCAUGUAGCUUUUUUGAAGUUGAAGUCUCUACAUCAAAAGAUUUAAUUUCCAAACAUUAAAAAUAUUUGGAUAAGCCAUUGAUACUGACAUCUGGUUUAACAUGAAACAUUUGAAAGAAAGAUCUAAUUACAGGGAAAAGAAUAUACAAUUAAAAGAGAAAGGCAGGCGAAUAUUUUAAGUGAAAAUAAGGAUGCCGACAAAAAGGUGGGAGUAUUUUUGUAUAAAUUAUACAUUUUAAAUUUCUGACUUAAAGUAUUCCUCAUUAAAUUCUUUUUUAGAAGACAUAUAAAAAGAUAUAAAUUGAAAAACAAUUAAAAUAAUUAAAUUUAAACAGUCUGAAGUCUAAAGCGAAAUGAAAACAUUGAGAAUGCCAAUUCCUUCUGAAGGCUGAAUUGCGCUCCAAAGUGGUUGUUGAUGAUUGUAAACUUAGUGUUGAUUUGUAAUUUUCAAGGUUUUAUCACAUACAAAUAAACUUUUUCGUAACAAAAUAUAGUUUUACUUAAAGAUAAACAUUAAAAUACAACAACACAAAUUUAUUACCUAAAUAAUAGACAUUCCAAAACAACACAAAUAUUCUACCUAAAGAAUAGAUGGUCCUAAUAACACGUAUUUACUUCUUCAGUAUAAAAUAUUCCAAUAGACAUCUAUUUAUCACUUAACUAUAUAGUGUUUAAUCUAAACACACAUUUACUAUUUAAUCAAUCCAUUAAAACAUAUUUUUUUAAAUAGUUAAAACAUAUAGUCUUUAAAAUGAAAAUGAAACAAAAGUGUGAAGCCCACCAAUAAAUAGAGUCCAUAUUCACUCAAAUUCUCAUACAAAGAUAACACAUAUGUUUAAGUUCAUCUUGCCAUUCAUUCUUUGUAGCACUCAGAGAGUUUAUUUGCUAUUGCCUUGCCAAAUGUAAGGUGGACAUUUUAAGAAUAAAAUUGUGAAGCAUCCAUGCCACUUCUAUUAAAAGUAAGGUUACGACAGAAGUUGUAAUCACACAUCAAAAAAGUAUUCGGACAAAAACUCAGUUGACACACGUUAAAAAUAAUAAAAUAAAGAUACAACUAUAAAGUAAAUAAAAAUUAAAAUGUGAUGACCUUCCUGCAUUCCAAACAUAGAAACACAAGCUGACAUUGUCUAAAAAUCAUUUUCAUUCACUGUGUGCAAUAAGGCACAUGGAGAUGAAUGAAUAAUGAAAAAAAAAAAAAAAAAAAGAUAAAUACUUUCUUAAAAGUUUUGUAUACAGCCUAUGACGAUGAAUGAAUUAUGCUUGUGAAAAAGAUAGAUACGUGAUAAAACAUUUGUUUUUCUUCUCUUAUACCAGACGCAGUAGUACGACAAGUAAAAUUUGAAGAGGAAUUUAUAACUGGCUUAAACUCAACCAUUAAGAUGCUUGGAGAUGGUCAAGACAAAAACAGUAAUUAUUAAAAUGUGUUUGCAUAGUAAUUUAAGUCCUAUAGACAACCAAAUACAAAAACUCUUAUUCAAGCAGCUUAGCAAAAUAUUCUGUAUGUAUUUUUAAAAUAUUGAUGUUCAUAAUUUCUUUGGUGAAAUUAAUUAAAAUGAUCCUUUCAACAAUGUAGGUUUGUACUUCAUGGCCUCGCCAACUACUUUUAUUUUUAAACUUUAAAUAUAAAACUUAAAAUAGAACAACAUGGUCCUGUGUAAGAAAUAGGGGUAAUGGGUGUGAUUUUUUUUUCUUAGACCUACUAUUUCAAUGUAGCAAAAAUAUUUUAAAAAUACCUUUUUUAUUUAUUAUCUAUUUUCCUUCAAACACUUCAAAAUACAUAUUAUUUGAAUACAAUAUUUUCACCCCUAUCUAGAGACUUACUUUUGCGGAUUAAUGGUCUUCCAGAAUUUCCAGUCACUACUCCUUAACAAUGGGUAAGCCUUGUAAUAAGAACAUAUUAAGAAUAAUUUAAUUUGUGCUUUCGUAUGAUAUGCGUCAUUAUAUAUAUAUAUAUAUAUAUAUAUAUAUAUAUAUAUAUAUAUAUAUAUAUAGGCCUAUAUACAUACAUAUCGAAACAUUGAGCUUAAUAAUGCACAUAUAAGUUAGACUCAAACUUUAUGAUGUAUAAAAAUCGCAACAAUGAGCAAAUUAAUGCAAGUAUAGGUUACAUUCAAACGUUCUAAUGUAUUGGAUUACAUAUCGUAACAAUGAAACGAGUAGUGCAAGUAUAAGUUAGACUCAAACUUUCUAAUGAAUACAUAUCGAAACAAAGAGCCAAGUAAUGAAAGUAUAGGUUACAUUUAGCGUUCUUACGUAUACAGAUCGUAACAUUGAUUUAAGUAAUGCAAGUAGUGUUUAGAUUUAAACGUAAUCAUAUAUAAAUAUUAUAAAUAUGAACCCAGUAAUGCAAGUAUAGGUUAAAUUCAAAUAUUAGUGUAGCAUAGUUAUAGUUUCAUUGUUAAUUUGGCCAAACUUCAAAAGACUAUGAAAUUAUAACCAAGAAAUCUAAGUGAUUACCUUAGAUCUUUAAUUUAAUGAUGGUAAUCUUUGAUUGUUUACUUUAAACAAAAAAAGAACAGAUAAUUAUCUUUGUGUUCUAAAAAUCAUUCUCCACCAGAAACUACUGUCUUUGUAAACCUGCAAAUGUUGAAAAACAAGAUGUGAUCCUAAUGAGAGGAUGAAUUAUGUUAAAUAGAUCAAAGCAUAAAGGACGUCAUAUGUACCUUCAUAUGUUUGACUGAAAUAGUAAUCUGUUAUACAUCAACUUUUAAUCCUGUCAUUGAAGUAGCAAAGCUGUGCUUCUUGUCCUUACACUAUAUAAGUAAAGUUAUUUUUGAUUAAAUAAAUCAUUUUAAUUUUUAAUAUCUUUUCAAAUCUGUUUAAUCUCCACUGUAUACUUGAGCUCGUCAAAUCAAUUGAAAAUUUCAUGAAUAUAUUUAUUAAGAGGUUGAAAUUUCUGCCAAAUAGUAUUGACCUCAACGUGCUCAUUUUUCUUACAACUAGAAACCAGAGGAAAAAUAUGAUGGCACUGUCAGUCCUGCCAGC